AUGUCUCGAAUCACGUACUUCCCCAAUAGGCUCUGGCACGGGAUAACCCUAAAUUUCCCGGAGAAUGACCUACAUUCUCUGCCCCCCUCAUCCCCUGAAUAUCCCGCAGAAUGGCCUCAUUCUCUGCCUCCUUCAUCGUGGACAGUGACACAUAAGAUUAGCGAAAAGUCCGGUGCGUACACUCAGGAAGAAGCAGAGGAAUGGUGUCAAUUCCCUCUCGCCCACGCAAGAUUCGAGUGUGAAAAUGUCGAGGACUCAAACGAGAAGGCUAUUCUUAGGGUGUUCAUGGAAAUCCCUUGUGUGGACACUAAUUGUCCUGCCGCCCCCCGGGGGACUUAUGGGAUUCCCAAUUGCGUGAGAAUAGCUGUUGUACUCCCCAAAACUAUUCAAUACAUGGAAGUGCCGCAGACCGAGAAUCGCCGCUUCUUCUUGCCAGGUGGUAAGAUAUAUUACAUGGUUUACAAUAAGCUCUCUGGGGUUCCUCUUGGUAAUGGGCUCAUCAGCUACACUGAAGACGGGAGAGCCUUCGAGGAAGGGCUCUUCUGGAGACUUCCUAGGGUUGAAAGAGAUCGAAUUCGCACCGCGUUCCAGGUCGCGUAUCUUGAGCAUAUCAGAAGCAAAGCGACUGCUGUUCCUUCAUCUCUAAGCAGGAUGCUCUGGGAUAGAGUAUCAGGAAAUAUUUAUAUUCAAGGCACCUUCGAACCGCUUGAUCUGCGGGAUAUAGCGCCAACGCUCUAUCAUAAGUUGGAUGAUUACGGACCAAAGGUGCUGGAUAUUUGGGGCCUGGCCAUAGCUCCGAAAGGAGAGGUUGAUUACAACGUUCCUAUAGCCGGACUCGAACAAAAGGGUUGGCUUCUUUGA